AUGCUAAAAUGGAUCCAAGGCAGUAUAUCUUCUGUUACAGGCUUAGCUGAACCGGAGUAUGGUACAGAUCACAUCCAUCCAUGUACAAAAAAAAGUCUUCUUGACUCAUCUAAUCCAUUUGUUGAAGCAACUAGCAAAGAUUUCCAUUGGCAAGUCCCAGAAAACACAAACGUUGAAACAUCCACCUUUUAUUUCAAAGACUUUAAUAAAGGUUAUAUUGGAUUUGCUCAAGUUAUUCAUUCUAAUAUCGGUGGUUUACAUACCACUGCCCAAUUCACAUUUAAACUAUACAACUAUCUCAAAAAACCCUCAGCCGACUCGAAAGAUGCCACCACUUUUGAAACUAUUUGGGCUUCUAAUCAUCUAGAUGAGGUCGAAAUAAUUAACGGUAAUUUCUAUUCUGAUAGUUUGAAAAUCGAAUGGAUCGAUAAUGAUACAAAAAUACAUUUCGUCUCUGACGACACCAACGACGAUCUAAAAGUGGAUUUGACAUUCACCAAAAUCGCCCCGGGGGUCAAAGUCGGUGAAGACCCAACCACAUACUACGGUCCAGAUAUCGAAAACAGUUGGGGGAGAAUGAGACACGUUUUUUGGCCAAGAAACGAGUGCACAGGUACCAUCACAUUACCUGGUGAUCAUGAAGUUAUUGAGUUUGACAACUCUGGAAACAAGGCUAUUGGUAUGUUUGUUAUGGCUUUGCAAGGUAUGAAACCACAUCAUGCUGCCAAAAGUUGGAACUUUAUGAAUUUCGUAAAUGAACACUAUUCAGCCGUCCUAAUGGAAUUCGUUACCCCCAAGUCAUAUGGCAAUACGAAAGUUUCUGUUGGUAUCGUUGUUAAGGAUGAUAAGAUAUUAAGUUGUACUGUUGACAAUGAUUGUCAACACUUGGACUGUAUUGUUGAUAGCGUUGGUUGGAGUUGUCCUACAAAAGUGGUUAUAGACUAUAACGGGGUGUAUAAUGAUAGUGUUGUUAAUACCCCAUUCCACGCUACUUUAGAAGGUUCUUUGGGAGAUGAAGAGUUAGUGGAAAGAGUCGAUGUCAUGAAAGAGAUUCCUACUUUUAUUAAAAAUAUAGUCACUGGUGUUGCUGGUACUAAACCAUAUAUCUAUCAAUAUUGUUCUGAUUUUACGUUAACUAUUAAAAAAGAGGGUAACGAAGAAGAUGGAAAGGAAAGAGAAAAAGGUGAAACUGAUAUUGUAGAACAUGGUGUUGGGUGGUUUGAAUUUACUUUUAUCCUAGAGGAGAGCGCUGACAAUGCCGACGAUGUGGAGAAUGUUAGAAAUGAUGACUACGAAGAUAGUAAUAAUUACACCGUUGAUUCUAUGACAGAUGAUUUAGCAGGUACGUGGAUUUAG